UCACCAGCUUUCAGUGAAUGAGUAAACUAGUGAUUUAGCAAAAAGUGGUUGGCAAGGGCUGCUGCUUAAGCACCGCUAGUAAGAGGGAAUUGAGAGAUGUAUAUAAACAUCAUAGAGAAAGAAGUCCGCGGAAGCGGCUGAAGCAGAACAAAGUGAAGUGGGAAGGAAGAGGGCGAUACUAUUGCUGCUAAUGCUGAGUGCCUGAAUGACGGCUGACUUGCUCGCUAAGUGAGUGAGUGAUUCGCGACGACGACGACGACGGUGGCGGCGGCGGCGGAAGGAUGACGAUGGGAUCUGCUCCUACUGCUGCUGCUGCUGCUGGUUCAAUUACCACGGCUUCUGUAGCUCUAGCUGUUGUACUUCAGGCCGCUAUCGCUCUAUAUGCUACUGUUGUUUCCGUCGCAGGAGCGACGUUGUUGGGCUCAACCGCCAGCAUCACCAUCAGGAGCCCCACUGGAGCCGUCGGAGCCUCGGUCGGCCCCACCACUGCUGCUGCCACAACCGUCACGUUGCUGUGACACCAGCCGACCAAAAGAACAGCGACAGGCAAGAAGCAAAUUACCCCACCACGGGCAUCUCGAACUGACUCGAGGUCCACCACGAGCACGAGCGCAAGCAGCACCGCUGCCGGCGUAUUCAGUAUAUCUUCGUAGUAAGAAAAGCGAUUUCAAUAGCGUGAAGUAGUGCUGGUGUUGUUAGAGAGUGUCUGCGUGAAUGCGUGUACGUGUGGGUGUGCAUGUGAGUGGUAUCGAGCUGCAGAAGGUAAAGAAGUGCUUUUAGCUAAUCGUUGAAUGUUCGCCGUCGUCUUUUAAGUAUGUGAGUUACAAACGCCGCUUUUUCUACCCGUCGUGGGGAACGGCCAUAGUCGACGGCAGCAUACAGCAGCGGCGGAGGUGAAGGCAGCAGCAUCAAUCAGUGGAGAUUAAUGAUACUAAUAAUAAUAACAAUAAUAACAAUAUUGAUAUCGCUACCAAAAAAAGGACUAGUAGCUGUAGGCCCCAUAGGAACAGAAGCAGCAACAGAAACGAUUGUUGUUGUUGUUGUUGUUGUUGUUGUUGUUGUAGUUGUAGUAGUAGUAGUAGUAGUAGUAGUUCCCUUCUUCUUAUGUGCUACGCGCUAUCGCUGCCACUGCGUGUGGCGGCAUCCUUACCCCCUCCCGCUGCUGCUGCUGCUGCUUCCGCCGCCGUUGCUCCGUUGUGCUCUAUGCCGUUGCCGUCGCUGUUCAAAACAAAGUCGAGUCAUAAAAUUAGUCAAAACUCGCCUCAACUUGUGAUAUUGGUGGGGUUCGUCGAUCUCGUGGUGGAGUUCACCUCGGUGUGCAGGAAUGACCGUGAGGGAUGUGUAGAUGAACGGGUCGUCGAUGCAGAUGGGACUCAUAGAAGUAGCUGUGAUGCCAACUAUAGGCACGAAACUUACGGUGACAAUUAUGAUGAAGACGAAGACGAUGGUGAAGGUGGCGAUGUUGUUGUUGUUGAUGAGUGGCUUCAGUAGUGAAAAUGAUGAUGUUGAUAGAGGUGUGAUGAUGCGGAAGUGUGCACAACGGUGGUGUGUGCAUGGUUGAUGGGUCAAAACGGGAGGCGGCCGGGGAAAAAGAGUGCUCCUGUUGCUGCUGCUGGAUAGGCGAAGACCGGCCAGCCGGACGAAGGACAGAAUCGGCCUCUGGCCUGGAAGGCUCGACCGGUGUGCGCUUUCUUGGAUGGUUGGUGCUGAUGCGUGGUGACUACCACAGAGUGCUCUUCGCUUAAAGGAGCAGGUGUGGCCCACGACGCCAGAUAUUAAGAAUGUCGAUGGGGAGUUUGGGCAGUCGGGGUGCCGCUUUCCUCAAGGCUGCAUUGGCGGCCGCGGGAGCAGGAGGCGGCAAAGGUAGCUCCGCAGGGGCAUCUCGGUCGUCAUCUGGACUAGAGCAAGGUCUUGUACCCGUCAAAGGUGGAAGCGCGCCGACAGGCAAGAGAAAACGCGGCCGGCCUCCAAAUGCUGUGAUCAAUGGAACAUCGCAACGAAGAGGUAGCCUUCACUCAAAGAACUCUAUCACUACGGACAGUCCACGUAGUGAGAGCACCAAAAAUUCGGAUAGCGGUAGCGCUACGGAAGAAGACACGUGCUUUACCCUUCGUUUGGUGUUGCCCUGUUCGGCGUGCGGAGAAUCAUCAGUGGAUGGGUCACAGCACGAGUCUUCACCAUCUAUUGUGGUAGUUUGCUGCGAGUGUCGUAAGGGCUUCCAUCAAACAUGUCACUUACCACGGAUUCCCCAAGUAUUCAUUGACGACUCGAGCCGGCUUUGGAGGUGUAGGAGUUGUGUGCCUCAAGGAUCCGUCAGGAAAAGUGCUAAGAAUUUUCGGGCAAUCACUCGUGCUUUGUAUCAGACUAGUCUGCCGUACUCGCCUUCGAAGUUAGGUUGGGAUCCCGAACAUACUCACAACACAAAUAAUCGAUAUUGCUACUGCGGGAAAGACGGCGUAUGGAAAGAGAAGAUGCUCCAAUGCAGAACUUGCCUUCAAUGGUUUCACCAAGAGUGUGUUCGGUGCCUUGAGUGGCCACUGCUGCGCGGUGAUCUCUUCUAUAACUAUCGUUGCUCGAUCUGUACUCGUGGGCCCGAGUACUUACGACGACUGAGACUCUCCUGGGUAGACGUUGCGGAUCUACUCAUGUACCAGCUUCACCUUACUCAGCCAAACAAGGAGUUCUUUCAAACGCGGUCCGAAAUUUUUCCAUAUCUCGAUUCAAUAUGGAGUUUACUGCAGGUCCCUCAUGAGUUAGAUGCGUGCAGUACGGAGGAACGCCAUAGUCACGUGCUUUACUGUCUUCGUCACGUCCGCCAGAGGUUUCGUCCCGUGGCAUUAGGAAACGGUGAAGGUCAUGGUGGACCGGCGUUUGCAUUAAUUGACCCGCAAAGAUUGCCCUCGUUAUCCGCACAACAUUGGCAGGUCAUCCGGCAAAGUUUACGCUAUAGUCAACCUUCAGUGUUGGACAAAAGUGGGUCACCAUCACGAGGGGCUCGCUCCGGACGUUCAUCUCAAAUGGAUGAUGAGAUCUCGCUUUCGUCGACAAUCACUUCGUCUUCAGCUACAUCGAUUGCUUCCAAAACAAACUUUGAUGAUCUCUUCGAUAGCCUCACAAGACCGCAACAACGUGAAAGCCAAGAGCAGCAACAAGCGACACAAACGCACCAAACAUUAAAACAUGAAGACGAUAACGACGGCGAUGAUGAUGAACGCGAUGAGGACGAGGAUGAACCUGAUGAGGAUAGGCGACGCUGCGCGCGAAAUAACACGUCUGUUACCCUAGGUGGCGACGACAAUGAUGAUGACGAUGAUUACUAUUCUGACGCUAAUGAACCUGAUCAUUCAGCUGUCAAUCUGGAGCACUGCCAAACGGAGGCGAAUAAUCUAAAACGAGAAAUGAUACUACCUGCAGAGGACUAUGAAUGUCGUAGCAGGAUGGUGGAUGUUCAGAGAGAAAUGGGUGAUAGCGGUGAUCAGCCUGAAGAAGCUGAGGGGCUUGACGACGAGCCGAUUCGGAAUAAGCUCCGGCCACGAACUGCAGUACAAGAACAGAAGAAAAAGCGAAAACGACGGGGGAAAAAAUUACAAACUGGGCCAGAUGAGAUAACUCCAGAAUUGUUGGACGAGAAGGUGGAAGAGCUGGUAGUAACGGCCUCUCUAGCGCGGAUACCUAUACCUGAAAGUUUCUCAGGCAUAAAUAAUCCUUUUUAUGAAGAUCCUGGAGGAACGUCGAGUCUUGGGUCUUUUGGUUUGCUUCACACUGAGCCCGGUCCUAGAACAACGGUCAAAAAAAGGGUGCUACAAGCAAGAGAUCUGGUGAUCACCAAGGAUGGAAAAAUUCGCUGCAAACGUCUCCGACGUAGACAUUCAGCAAAACUGGCGCUCCUGAAUGCUUCAGCGGCUGUCGCCGAUAUAAGCGAAUCGUCGAAUUCAAACUCAAUAUCAAAUCCGUCUCUUAAUAUGGAAGCAUCAGCACUGAACUCUGGGCCAGACACGACAAUCGUACUUGAGACAGAAGCUGGGAACGUCGAAGAGAUGACGAGCGUGUUCGCUUUCAAAAGCUCUAUGGAACAACAACGGGAAACACCGACCAGAAGCAGUGGAAGGUCUGCUGCAUUAAGUGAAACAGGAAGAAGUAUUACAAUGGAUAUGUACGAAGGCGAAGCUGAUGGUGAGAAUGAACACUGCCGAAGAGUGGUUGCUUUUGCGGGGGACACAAGUCUUAUAAAAAUAGCAUUUGGCGAAGCGGUCCUUGCCUCUCGGGUGUUGAGGGGUGGCGUAAUGGAGUUGCUCCUAAGACGAUGAAGCUGAAGAAUAUAAUUGUGCCGACUAAAUAGCUGUUAAUGGGAUGGUGUUGAGUACCUGCAUGGGCAGAAGCAAGGCCCAGAGUAUCGAUUUCUCUAAGAGACCAGGCGCCAAAGUGGUAACAUGGUACAGCAUUUUUGCUGACGUAAGUCUAAAGUAGUAAUUAAAGGCGUAAAGUCAGACAAGCGCAGGUUAAGGCAAUGAGUAACAAUUUUAGUGGAAAAUAAUCUAAACAGUUUCUCUACGUUAGGCGCGACUAAUGAACAUAAUUGUUUGGUUUCCUAUAACUUCGAGAUUAGGCUAACUAACUGGGUUAUAUAUAGUCGCUCAAGUGGGUCCGGGUUAUCAAAUAUAUUGAAGAAACCGAAAUUUUGGCUUCUAUCAACAGCAAAAUCGGGCAGAAAACUCGGGAGUGUUCUCGUUGUACCCAAACAAGGUCAAAUGACUAAUGCAAAGACAAUGCAAUUUAAAAUAUCCCUUCAAGUACUUUAUUUGGUACUCUUUCUAUCAAGAUAUUUUGUCCAGGUUUCGCAUUUUGAUCCCAAUCUCUUCAAUAUUUAAUUAAUGGAAAAACGAUAUUACUCAAAGAGUAACUCAUAUUGAAACUGUCGAUCGUCAACAAUCCUGUUACGAACGUAAUACAUAAAAAGUUUACUUUAGCACCAUGGGACAACAAAGUCAUAUGAAUACUGCGUAUUGAUAGAUCUUUUGAACAUCGUCUCCAAAUGCAUUAACUUUAUACGAGAUGGCUUACCACUAGCACGAAACAAGCGCACCUAUUGCAAGACAUUUUAUAUGUAUGUUGCAAAGUCCUGUUAGUAAAUCCGUUGCACCAAACACUAAAUCGUCGCGAAGUGUGGUUCUAGUUAAAGCCAUGGAACUACAGCCUCUUUCUUUGUACCUCUGGCCUAUUGUGGCCCAGCAACCAUAUUGGCUAUAUUUUCUUUCCGCAAAUUUUUGCCUAAGGUGCUGCUAACAAUACCACCACAAUCCCGGCAACCAUGGGAAGGAACACAGCAUACUGUCUAUGCUCAAAUGUACCUAAUGUGAACUAUAAUAGCUGUCUACUGGAUAUUUCGGCUGAAUUUGGUUGAGCCAAGUUGUCCCCGAGAAUAAUACCUAACCGACUGCCUAGACGAAUUUAAUUAAUUCCGCAAAUGGGUUGUGAGCGUACCUCAAAGUGCACUCACUUUUUCCUGAAACGAUCAGCUGGAUACAAUGACAAAAAAAAAAUGAGAAUGUAUUCCGUAAGCUGCCUCGCAUACCUUGCUUGUUGUGUACGAGGAACAUAAGCGCAACCAAUGUCUGUUGGAUAUAUAGCAGCACAAUAUUGACUGAUAGCCUGAAUCGCUGCCACAACUUAUCGAGAUUAUCGACAUCUUAUUGAAUCACAAACAUUUAUAAAUGUAUGUAUCUAUAUGGAUAAUAUAGACUAAGUGGCAAUUCAAACUAGAAAUAUAUUUAGAACAGAGUGAAUAGGGUGCCGUAACCCCUGUGCUGUCUUGCUUAUAAUGAUGAUAUAACUAUAAGAUGAAACAGAUUUAAAACAAUAUAAACUACAAGUGUUUUUUGUUGGGCAAAAAGAAGUCUUGUGUGGCUUAGAGAUCACGAAGAGCAGCAUAUUUACGCGGACUAUAUUAUUAUAUUAUACAUGAGGGUCAAAUGCAACGUAAUUAUUUAGUACUUUUAAACUGAAUCGCGCCAAUCACUGACAAUUUGUGAUCUCAGUGAAGUUGCGCUCAAGAAAAGUACGCGAAUAAAGCAGAGCCUAACGUGCUGUAUUUAUUUGUAAAAUUUUACAUAAAUAUAUAUAAAGUUUAUGAUGCAAUCCACGUAUUAGUAUAAUCAUUUUUAUGAACAACACUGCCAUUCCGCAUUGUAUGCGACGACAACAACUACAACAACAACAAGCAGACUAUAAAGGAAACAUUGUCUACGAUGCUUAGAUCAGCCUGAGGUAGUCGAGAAGGUAGCAACGUGGACACUUACUCAACUAUAUAUGAUGUAUGUACAAUGAACAAGUCUUACAGAGCACAUGAAUGAAAACGGGGGAGGGCAGAAAAAUAUAGGAAUGUUAACAUUACCUGUAUGAUAAAUGAACAACAUGUAUUAAAUAAUAAUAUUGAGUUACGUGUGCGUGCAUGUUCGCGUAUACGUCUGCGCUGCUUAUUGGAUGUGUAUGUACGUAUCUUGAUGCAUUUUCAAAAUGUCGAAAAGUCGUCGGCACCAUCCAAGUUUUUUGACAAUAAGAAUACGUUACAGUGUUUACUGUGGCGCGAUUCUACUUUUUUCAUUCAAAAGCUGAUCGAAUAUAGAUUGAAAAUAGUUUCACAUUAAAGGUAAUUUUUGACCAACUGAAAACAUUUACACGAAGUAGUGAUUGAUUUUAAAUAAUAGAGUUAAGGGUCUUGUUCAAUGUGUAAAUCAAGCGAAACUAACGUUAUUACUUGACCUUCCGCAAACAGUGAAACGAAGUGGAGUCUAGUUGCCCAUAGCUGCAUACCGUACUAAUGUAGCUAUAAUUUGAACUACAUUGUAGCAGGUCUAGGCGGGCGUUACAUAAGUACAUGCACGUGUAUUAUUAUCAUUAUUAUUAUUAGAAACCAAUCUGUUGAUGAUUAAAGGAACGGCUUUUAACGAUUUGAAAGUUAAGAGUUUUUGCUGGAGUUUACUAACCACGUAUUCGUCCUGAUCAUGUGUGUUUAUGUAAAUACUGAAACAGAUGAAAAUAUCCAGUAUAAAUAUUAAUUACACAAAUAUAAAUAUCUAAAAAUAUGUAAUAGUAGUAUGAAAUGAUUGGUCGAAAUGAAUGAAUAAAUAAAUGAUUGAAGAAGAACCUCUCAAUGAUGAAAUAUCGACGACAUGAGCUAGAAAACAAAAUGAAAAAUGUGUCUCGCCCCCUCUCAUUUUGAACAGAUAAGAAGUUUCGUUCUGUGAUCUCCGCUGAAGCGGUUCUAUAAAUUCACUUCCCUACAAUAGAUACUCCCCGAAUAUUGAAUAUUUUCCUGUGACCCAAACAUACUUUUUUGUAUUCCAGUUAUUCUUUCUCCGGUUAUAGAGACGGAACAACUUUGUAUCAAAUAAAUUGAACGCGUUUUAGUUUUUCAAACUGUGUGAAAUACUGCUCCGAUUAUUGACUUGACCUCGACCUAAAUCUGCUACAGUUGACAUUUUUCUUAUACAUGAAAAAGAAAUUUUGACGACAGUUUAUGGCAUUUAGAAUGAUGGGAAAAAGUUGAUGAGACUGCAACAUGUUGCUGUGUACGAGUAGACGUUGACAGUGUGUGUAUGAGCUACGUAAUAUAACUAGUGUAAAAAAAAAACUGGGAACUGAUGUUUUGUACGACAAUAAAAAUGGCUGGUAUAAGUUUA